AUGGGUCAGGAGCUGUGUGCAAAGAGGCUACAGCCGGGAUGCAGUUGCUACCACCGUUCGGAGGGAGGGGAAGCGCACAGCUGUCGGAGAAGCCAGCCUGGGAGCACUGAGGCUGCUGCGUUCGAGCUAACAGACAGAAAAGGAGCACCAUGCUCCACGGCUUUAUUUUACCCCAGGGGACUCCAGGCUGUCAGUAGCCAGCUGGAGAGGAAAAGGCCACGGAGCAACAGUGAUUCUUUUCAGGAAGAGAGUCUGCGGCAGGGGUUGCCAUGGAAGAAGAGCCUCCCCUUUGGGGCAGCCUCAUCUUACUUGAACUUGGAGAAGCUGGGAGAAGGUUCUUAUGCCAAGGUUUACAAGGGGAUUAGCAGGAUAAACGGACAACUGGUAGCUCUGAAAGUCAUCAGCAUGAACGCGGAGGAGGGCGUCCCUUUCACAGCCAUACGGGAAGCCUCUCUCCUGAAGGGACUGAAGCACGCCAACAUUGUCCUUCUGCACGACAUCGUUCACACCAAGGAGACUCUGACAUUCGUGUUUGAAUAUUUGCACACAGACCUGGCCCAGUACAUGUCUCAGCAUCCCGGAGGCCUUCAUCCUCACAAUGUCAGGCUUUUCAUGUUCCAGCUUCUGCGGGGCCUGGCAUACAUCCACCACCAGCACGUUCUUCACAGGGACCUGAAACCUCAGAACCUGCUCAUCAGUCACCUGGGAGAGCUCAAAUUGGCUGAUUUUGGUCUUGCUCGAGCCAAGUCCAUUCCUAGCCAGACGUACUCUUCAGAAGUGGUGACGCUCUGGUACCGGCCACCUGAUGCCUUGCUGGGAGCCACCGAGUACUCCUCGGAGCUGGACAUAUGGGGCGCCGGCUGCAUCUUUAUUGAAAUGUUCCAGGGUCAACCUCUGUUUCCUGGGGUUUCCAACAUUCUGGAGCAGCUGGAGAAGAUCUGGGAGGUCCUGGGGGUCCCUACAGAGGAUACGUGGCCUGGCGUCUCCAAGCUGCCUAACUACAAUCCAGAAUGGUUCCCUCUGCCUAAGCCUCAGAGACUGCAGAUUGUAUGGAGCAGGCUGAGUGGAGUUCCUGAAGCUGAAGACCUGGCUUCCCAGAUGCUAAAAGGCUUCCCUAGGGACCGUGUCUCGGCACAGGAAGCCCUCACGCAUGAUUAUUUCCGUGUCCUGCCAUCCCAGCUGUACCAGCUUCCUGAUGAGGAGUCUUUGUUUGCAGUUUCGGGAGUGAAGCUGAAGCCAGAAAUGUGUGACCUUUCGGCCUCCUACAGGAAGGGUCACUACCUAGCCGGCUUUAACAAAUGUUGGUGAAGAGAAAAGGUCAUCCGGAUCUUUCAGGGCUGUAGCCAUGCUGUUACUUUGUGUCCGCUUACUAUGAAGCUUCACGCCCUGCUCCAUUCUGGACCAGAGAUCUUCAUUCUCUCUCCUGUCGCCAGGAGUAUUUAAAACAGGAUGCGCAAGGCCACAGUCUAACACGGUCUAACACAUGCAGAGAACUCGAUGGAAGGUUAUCGCUAUUUUUGUUGCCUAAGCGAAGGGGCGCAAAGUGAGGCGGUGUGAAAAGGGCCCCUCAGAACAGUUUCAACCAUUUGGUCGAUUCCCUGGCCGAAAGCUCCUUUUCUUGACGGGACAGAUUGAGAGACAACUGGAACGUUCUGGAGCCAGAGCCGGUGCUUGCUGAGGCCUGCCAUACUUGGGUUCCUUGCAGUUCCUCCCAACCCAAAGACUUCUGUGACAGGAGAGGAUUAGUGUGGCUUAGAGGGGUCUCCAGGGAAUGUGGUCUCCUGGAUAAAACUGUCAGCAAAUGGACCUGCUCGGGACUAUUUGUGAUGACCCCCAGGGAUGCCUCUUUCCCCCUUCACGGGCUAUCAGGAUGUAUUACUGCUUCAAUCCACCGGGAUUGUAAGAGUUCACACUGAGCUGCUGACCAGAGUUGAGUCUCAGCCUAUCACCUGCUAUUGAAUCUUAAUUGUCCGCGUUGACGGCAAAGGCAAUGGGGAGUCUAAGCUCCCAUUGAUGGCGGAGAUACUGGAGCCUCGGAGAUGGAACCCAAACUCUGUGGCACCGUCAGAUACACGUGUGCGCGCACACAGCACCCUCCGCAGGGACACUAUUGAUAUUUGUGCUUCCUAAAGGAAGCCCGGAAAACUCAAAUUACUCCAUCAAGGAGACCUCUCAUGAAAUAUAGUAGCCUCGAAACCGGAGACCACUGGGUAUCCUUUAGAAGAAGGAACCAAUUAAGAGAGAAUUUUUAAAUGGUAACUGUCCACCCAGUGGCGGAGAUGAAAGAAGGAGAAAGGGAUAUACGCAGAUAGUCGUGUCUCCCCGCCCCCAAAAGCUGCCUUUGUAUAUAUUAGCAAGCAACUGGACAAAGUCUGCCCACUGCACCUGCAAGAUCAAACAGUGUGGGUUGGAUGGGGCAGGCAAGGUGUGUGUGUGUGCAAAUAACAGAUCUUAUUCAACCUAGGAAAAUGCCAGCAACUUGUAUGGUAAAGGAUUCAGACUUCGGUCCCGUUCUAGUCCCGGGUUUCUAUUGCAUAAAUCAGAGAAAAUACAUAACUUACUCAGACAACCCACUGAAAAAGUACCAUGAUUAUUGUUCCACCGUAUACGUGAAAACUAGGCCUGGCACGGUUAAGUAACUUCUCGAAGGCGGUCGCCAGAGUUCAGAUGCAAACCUGAGGUCUCACUGUGUCGCGUGAGAUGGUUCUGGCAAUCACGUUUAUAGACCAUUCUGCUGUUGAAGAGUUAGCAGAUGCUUCACGUUGGCUGGCGAUUCAGAGGACUCGGCCCUGGUGAAUUAGCAGCAAGUCAAAACAAUACUUACUCCUGUCGGUUUUUAUCUGAUUUAAAUUCUUACAUGUCGGCCUUAAAAUGCCUACAACUUACGUAAGGCUGCGACUUUAGUGGGAAGAGGCCCUUUUAAGUACAAGAUGAAUUAAUUAUAUAAUCCAGCUGCCCCCCCCCAACAGAUAAUGCUAAUCCCUUCAGGCUACAGAAAUGAAAGACUAAGCCAAUGCCCCCACAAGAAGAAUGUAGCUUAGUCUCUGAUCUGGGCACAUUUAAAUCAUUAAUCUCGGCUCCACGUAUCGUGUACCACACUCUAAAAGAAGCAUUCUACGAAAUAGAUGUUUACUGUACACCGUCAGUUUCCCCACCUAAUCGUGCAUAAUCUUCUUAACAAUGCUAACACGCAGAGUUUACAGAGAACACUAAGAGUCGGAUAGAUCUAAGGAGCUAGGAUGCGGUGCCCAAACUCUGUCCCCAAAGCCUGGGCUUUCCCCAGCACACCUUCAGCUUGGCGUGCUGCAUUCUCCAAGGUACCAGGACAAGCCACACAGAGGAACAGCUGCCGUAAAGGAAAACCCAGGAGCCAAAGACACUGCUUCCAGGGGUAGGGGCUAUCACAAAGCAAAGGGACUGGCUGGCUACUGGGUUACGGGCAGGGACAGCCUGGAUUGCAGCUGCUGUGGGGCAGGGGGUCGGAAGACUCACCUGAGCUGGCUCACCUGUCCACGAAAAUGGACUGAGUCCCCUGAGCUGGCUCACCUGUCCACCACAAACACCAACUGAGUCCUCUGAGCUGGCUCACCUGCCCAUGAACACGGACUGAGUCCUCUGAGCUGGCUCACCUGCCCAUGAACACGGACUGAGUCCUCUGAGCUGGCUCACCUGC